AUGCUGCAACGCUUACUACUUUUGAUACUAUCUCUUUUGGUAGUAUCGGUACAGGGAAAUAAGGAGUCAUUCUCGCAAAAGAAUUGGCAAGUAUGUAGUGGGAUGUACUCAAAAGAGGACUGGGGUGGCAAAGUAGAUCCAUACAUUAGGUUCAACCUGAAAGAACUGGAAAACACAGAAGGUCUUUCAGUGGUAGUAUUCGAUUUUAAGGAUAUUGAGCACCUUGGUUCUAAGCUUGACAAUGAAUGGUAUUACAUCUGUGACGAGUAUGCAAUUGAUUUGGGGCUGUGCGACAGUUCCCACAAAAACGAAUACAUUGUACAUGACACCAUUCUAGAUCCGACCACAGGGGAAAACAAAACGCUAAGCUCGACUGUUUCGACUUUUUACCAAACAGAAAUUGGCAAACACGACCCUGACUACAAAGUUCUUUCUACUGGGUAUUAUUGCAUCGCGACAUAUUCGAGCGAUGAUUCUGCGAAAUUUUCUGGCACUAUCAAUUUCAGAAAUGCCUUUGGUCAGCUGCCUGCAGCAGAGAUUAACAAAUUGCCUCUUUAUGGACUGUUGGCUAUUUUCUAUCUCGUAGCGAUGGCACUUUACAGUUUUGCAUUUUGGAAGCACAAGCAUGAGUUACUUCCUUUACAGAAGUAUCUGUUGGCUUUUUUCUUAUUCUUGACUGCAGAACAAAUCUUUAUUUGGGCCUACUAUGACAUUAAAAACGAAAAGGGUGACACAGCCGGUACAAAAGUUUAUAUGGUCUUUGUGUCGCUGUUGAAUGGUGGCAAGAUGUCUUUCAGCUUCUUUUUGUUACUUGUGAUUGCCUUAGGCUACGGAGUGGUAUAUCCUAAGUUGAAUAAGAAAUUGAUGAGAAGAUGCCAGUUCUUCGCGGCCUUCAACUUUGCGCUUUGUGUCGCCUACCUGAUUCAGAACUACCUGACAAAUCCUGAAUCCACUUCCUUACUUCCACUCAUAACACUGGUUCCAUUAGCCCUCACUAUGCUGGCAUUUUAUUUCAUGAUUCUAAAAUCGAUGUCCCAGACUCUUCGGUAUCUACAAGAGCAAAGACAAGUGGUGAAGCUAAAAAUGUACAAAAAACUUUUGACUACCAUUUAUGUCUCCUUAUUCAUCCUGUUUGCUGGGUUAGUGGUUUCUUCUUUCGUUUUCAUUGGAAUGAAUUCUAUAGAGAUGGUCGAGCAGCACUGGAGGACAAGAUUUUUCUUUAUGGACUUCUGGCCUUCAUUGGUUUACUAUUUCGUUUUCGUCACAAUUGCAUUCAUAUGGAGGCCUACAGAUAGUUCAUACAUGCUUGCUUGUUCACAACAAUUGCCAACGGAUCCUGAGAAUGUUGCAGAUUUCGAUCUCGAUGAUCUUCAAUCUUUGGACGAGCCGGCAUCACAUGUUGAUGAAGACUUGAACUUUUCUGAUGAUGAGCCACAAAAUCCCCAUGAUCAAAACCAGCAUCACUCAAAAUAA